UGAACAGGCCCUCUACCGAUAAGAAAUCCGAUCAUGGAAGACACAGCUCAUGCCGCUGUUAAGAGAAGGGCACUGAAGGACCGCAAUGGAUGUACAGUUUGCCGGCAUCGCAAGGUUAAAUGUGACGGAAGAGAAAGUGGAUGUCUGAAUUGCGAACGCUUGAGUUUCAAAUGCAGCUUGUCUAAUCCUAGCAAUGAAUCAUCUCUAGAUAUACUAUCUACCCGGAGACGUGUUCGCCAGGCCUGUGAGUUUUGUAAAACUAACAAGCUACGGUGCAGCGGAACAGUACCUCAGUGCGAGAGAUGCCAUUUAAAAGGACUGGGAUGUAUCUACCGCCACAGAAGAGCCCCUAGCCAAAGAGUAGGUCGAGCGACAAUUGCAUCAGAGAGCACGGAAACAUCUUGCAAGACGCAUGUCGUUGGAGAUGGCACAUCUGACACGACUCAAGCACCAGCUACAGGGAAACCACAUACUACUCAAGUUAUGGGUCUGGACGCUUCAAAGCUCGUAGUACAGCAACAUAUCGACGCUUUCUUCCAGUAUGUCUACGUUGUCGGGCCUUUCAACUUCAUACACCGAGGUUCAUUUCUACGCACUUGGCACAACGGCAAAAUGGCCAAGAGUCUACUAUGUGCUGUUGUUGGUGUGGCGUCCAGGUUUAUCAACCUUGAUACCACUCGUCAAGAUUGUGAAAGCGCAGGGUUCCCAUCAAAUGCGAUGGACGAGGCCGAACGGAUUGUUUUGCAAGACAUUCGACACACCACAAUUCCCAAACUGCAGAUUCUGUUACUUCUUAUUUAUGAUCGGACCAUGUCGGGCGAUUUAUCUGCCGUAUGGCACCUCACUGCACUGGCAUCUCGAAAUGCCUUCGGGUUGCAGUUGAACCAUCCCAUCGACAUAAUACCAUUCACCAAUCAGGAAUGCCGCCGUCGUCUGAUGUGGUGUACCUAUAUAAUGGACAAGUUCUCAACUGGAACAACCUAUCCAACUCUUUGUCCUCGGGAGACUAUGCAAAUUCAGUUGCCAUGUGACUCUCGAAGCUUUGAGCUUGAAUUCGAGGGCAAAAAUCCCACCUUGAAAGAAGUUGCCCAUUCGCUGGCAGAGUACUCGAAUUCAUCAAACCUUGGCAUCACAGCGUACCUGAUCCGAGUGCUGGAUCUACGAGAUCAGAUCAGGACAUUUAUCGACGGGAAACGAGAGAGCUCUGCUGUAAACUCUGUGUCUUGGGCAAAUGACCCGCUCUUCAGCCAGUAUCAGGAUGAACUCGCGGCCUUUGCCAACAAUCUUCCGCCUGACAUGCAAGAUUCAGGACGUGCUCUAUACAUACGAGCCAAUACCGCCGAGAGCGAUGUCUACAUCAUGGUUCAGGGAUGGCUUCGAGUAUCAUGGUGUGAGUUGCUUCGUGAAGCGAGCAUUGCUGAACACUCUAUACGCAUUGGUCCUCAAGAGCCACAGAUCCCCAGCUUUGCACAUUCCUGCGCUGAGCAGUUGAUGCGACAAGCACUUCGCUUGACUCAGUUCUUGAAAACAAUGGCAGAUUUACAGACUCCAUUGCGCAAAUUUUUCGUCACCGACUGGGGUAUUGCUUCAUGCACAAUGGAGGUCACUAAGGCUUUACUCCAUUGUGCAGAGCUAUCGUCCGAUCAUCAGGCCCAGGACUUGAUUAAGUCUGCUUUGGCACUGAAUUUCGAUAUCCUUGGUCCAUUAUCCGAAAUUAGCCAAUUCGUAGCAUCCUGGCGCGACGAAAUGAUAUACUUUAUCUCACGAUCUCCUUACGCAGAUAUAGUCGAGCACCCUAUCCUCGGGACCGCCAAAAGAAACUUGACGUCUGAGAGUGUCUUGACUGAAGCUCGACGGGCCGAAAACGCACGCUUCCCGAGGCACGCUGCUUUUCGACAAGGGAGCCAAGCCACCGCAAAUUCUGUUCCGGCAUCUCAGUCGCAAGUGGGUUGGUGCGAUCCACUGGGAGGACAGUCCGCCGAUGUGGCGUUGAGUAUGUCUGGCGACUGGAUGCUUGGCGCAGACUUAAAUGCUAUGCUGGAUGUUGGCACUGGGGAAAUGCCGACCUUGGACGUGGAAUGUCUGUACGCAGAAGCAAGUGAUGGUCUUUUGUGGGACUUACCAUUCUCCCUCGUGUGAAUGACAGGGUCUAGUGAAAAGAUUGUGCCUAAGUAGUUGUUCUCAGAUGUAGUAAAAGAACUGUUGAAUAAAAUUCUGUGAUCCUGUC